AUGUUCUUGUGCAUCCUGGGGGAGGGCGCCUUCGGAUGUUCCUCGGCGUGGGCCAGCGGAGGGCCUCGUGUUCUUGAGGGGUGCUCUUCUGGCCUGCGUCCGACUGUAAGCAUCGCCUUUCGGAGGACCGCACGGCCAUCUCGGAUUGGCGCUGCGCCUCCCUCGCUCGCGGCGCGCGCCAGGGGCGGCGCGCCAGAGCCGCCGCAAGCGCCGAUGCGAGAAGCCCGCGCGGGUCUCCGAGAGUUGAUGCGCCUGUGUUCCCUGCUGCCCGGAGACAUGGAAGCAGGGCCAGCGAGGUGA